AUGUUGUCCUUGUGGAUGGCGGCCUCUCACAAGCAGGGCUGCUCACACCUGGCCCAUGCCUUCUGCAUGCUUCUUCUCGUCUUGGGGGUCCAGUCAGUCACGUUGCGCGGAACGGAUGACGGCCUCGGAUUGAGUCUCACAAAGCAGUCAAGCAAGCCAGUGCCACAUGAUGCGACGCAUAAUUUUGCGUUCGGUAUCGCGCCGGAGAAGUGGAAGGCGACCAGCAGCUUGCGCGGGAAUGACACCAAGAAGACGAUGCUUUUCUCCCCGUAUAUUCCUGGCAGGACUCCUCAUGUUUAUCACACCGAGGCAGAAUAUUACGAGCAGUACAGCAAAGCUUUUUUCGGCAUCACGAAGAAAAGAGGCGGCUGGGACUGCAUGCGCCACUACGAGAUCAUCAUGUCGGGCAGCAUUCCGUACUUUCUGGACCUUGACAAGAUGCCGGCCGGAACAAUGACAAGCUUUCCCAGAGAGCUGAUUGCCACUGCAAUGAAGCUUCCUGGAGUUCCAUCGCAAGCGGAAGUAAAUGAAUCUAUGCACAAUGGCAAAGUGCCUCAGUUGGACCUGGCUAAGUUUGACACUGCAGCAUACACGAAGAUUCAUCACGAGCUGAUGAAGUACGCCGAAAAGAAUCUCCUCAGCACCAGCAUGGCCGCCAAGCUGGUGCCUUCACCCGCUUCCCACAAGGUGGCCCGGGUGCUUAUCCACUCGAUAAAGGACUCGGUCGGCUACGGGCUGUUCUUCUUGGUAAACGGGCUCGUGAACAACGGCCACUCUGUUUGUGCAAGGCCUGAAGAAAUGUUGAAAUCCAUGCGUGAUGACAAUACGUAUCCAUUUUGGAUGCUGUACGGAAAUGGCUACUCUUAUGCUGGCACCGUUGAUCACACGAAGCUGCCGCAAGACUGCAGCAAGGGGCCUUUUGACUACUACCUUCUGGUUGCUGAUGGAAACAAGGAUUAUCCAGAGCCGGACCCAGAUGUCACGAAGACUGCAGGCAAGAUAAUUGCCAUCAACGCCAAUGACCGUUGGGGAGCAAACAAGCCAAUUCCGGCGAUAGCAACAGAGUACUUCGUGCGAGAAGGCUGA